AAAAAAAAACACACCACACAAAAGUCAUCCACUGCCGCAUCAUCAACUCCUUUUCAUUCUUCAUCGCCAUCCUUCAUCGCCAUCCUUCAUCGCCAUCCUUCACUCUUCCCAGAAGUCGCUCUUUUGUUUGUUCGCUUCCGCACGACUGCUUGCAUCACCAUCGCAUCUUUUCUUUUUCCUUCCUCGUUCCUUGUGUACAACACACACACACACGCACAGCAUCAACGCCUUGCGCCGUUGCACCGUUGUACGUUGUUCCUCCUUGUAGACCAGAGCAGACAAUCAAGCCCUGACUGAACCCGUCUCCUUAUUAUGGGCCGUCCAGUGGGUCGCAAUCUCGAGGAUGAGUUGAUGACAAAAAUCAAGACGCUCUUUGACAGGAUCCUCGACACCGUCAACAAGGAAAACCCUGCGUACGCCUUCGAUUUUGAGCAGUUUGUCGACUGCUUCGACGAGAACGAUCACUUCACAAAGAGAGUCUUUGAGUUUCUUGUCAAGGAGACUGCCCAACGCUACAGGAGUGUGCACCCGAACGCCCAAAACUCAGCCCAUUCUCGCCCGCACACUAUCCACCAUUACUUUGGUCAGGAUAGUGGCAACAGCAACAUCAGCAGUAGCGGUAGUACCACUAACAGCAACAUCAAUGACGCCGUCAACAGCACUAAUGACAGCACCAGCAAUGACAAUGACAAUGACAAUGGCACCGAUCAGAGCCCGAAUCGACACCACUUUCACCAUCAUUCUCAGCGCCCCUCUUCCUUUUCGCAGCAUACUCUGCCUGCCCUGGAGAGGGACUCAAUCGCAAGGUCGCCCUCGAAUCUCGCUGGAUCGCCUGGUGGUCCAAAUGAAGGCGCAUCGUCCAGCUCUUCUUCGGGCGCUGCACUGAGAUAUCUCUUGUCGAGCCAAGGAUUCGGCCAAGGAGGUACGACACGGCGUGCUAGAAUAGCCCAGAGGAUCCUUUCCAGCGAUCUGUUUGCUUAUCAUCAGGGUCAGCCUUCGCUAAUGAGUACCAUGGGCUCCCUUUCCAACCCUGCUUCAUCAACGGAAACGACGACUAGUCAGAACAGGUCAGGACAGAAUCGUAUAUCACAGGAAUUGGAGAGAACGUCCACAUCGGGAUCCGUCAUCGCAGCAGAUGCAGCAAACACAUCGGGAGGACCAUCUUCAUCCUCGCCUUCUUCCACUGCGGGUACGGGGUCAGGCCCAACGCUAAGACGAUCGUGGAGGAGAGGAGAAACAUUGGAGCGACAGCGUGCAUUUAUUUACCGACCAUUAUCACGAGCAAACGAUACCUCGACGUCCAUGGAGAACGUUCCCGAUAGUUUUCACACGGAUGGAUGGAGUUCGGCGUCACCAGGGGCGUCUUUUACCUCUGAGAUCUUUGAUCCAACCUCUGGCGAACUAUACGGCGCCCGUCCAGCCUCCCCAGAUAGAAGACCUGGACAUGUUGGCAUUGAUCAGGCACGUCAGAUGCAGGAGCAGUAUCGUCAAGCUCAGGACCUGCGACAGCAGCAAAUUCGUCAACUGUACAUACAAACGUUGCAGUCAAGAGGACGACAACGGCACCACUCGCUUGCACAAUUGGAGCAGCAUCGACAGACACUUCGGGCUUUGCAAGGAGAACGAAUUCGGUCGUCAGAAGAUACCCAACAACAAGAUCAGCAGCAGCAGCAGCCACGAUACCAAUUACAUGACAAUGGCCUGAUGUUAGUCCAAUAUUAUCCCACAUCCCCUUCGACACCAACGCCUGCAUCUGAUGCUCCAGAGGGAAACACCAACAGGGACGCAUCGUCGUCAUCAAAUCUCACCUCACAGAUGCCAUUAUCGGAGCGUUAUCACGAGUUCAGCGAUAGUACACAACGCGGCCGAGCUGCUAUGAGGAACGCUCUCACAUCAGAGCUGCAUAUCGAGGAGGACCACCAAGUUUUACAGACUGGAGAAGUAAGCAGACGUCGAAGGAGGCGUCUUGUUGGACGAUUCUCGAACCCCACUGGAAGUCCGGAUAUCGCUUCUGAUAAUUCCAGCGCCAUUAUCAGCCAAUCGCAAUUGCAACAAGGGCGGACGCAAGAACAGGGCCUAGGGCAAGUUACUGCCCUUAUCCCUGCUCAGGGUCAAGGAUCACUGGAACAAAUUGCAGCCCCUGUAUUAGAACUUACGGUCAAUAAUGCAUCUGGAUUCUCUGGUCAACCACAGGAUCAGAGUGACGAUCGUCAGCAGACAGUCGACAAUCCACUAGAUAUCCAGAACAGUAGCGAUAGCACCAGAUCACCAUCGAUUGGUGACAGACGGGCUACCUCAACAGUCAGCGCCCCAGUACUAACACCGGUCCUGGAGCUGGCAGAAGGCGAAGUUACAAGAACCGCAGAUGACAAUGUGCCGGAUGUAGUUCCCGACAUCAGUGGCAGUGCAGAUACGCAUGGCCAAGGGUUGAGUGUGGACGGCCACCAACCACGAAGCGUCCCACCGACACCCCCAUCUCCGAACCCCAACCGCAACCCCAUGCCAACAUUUACGGAUCGGAGACGGUCUUCAAUCAAUCCUGCGGAUAUCGAGGCGGUUGUGCGUCGAAUGCGGGCUAAUGUCGAGUCUGCGACCAUUGCUCAGCGUGCCUCGAGAAGUUCCCACUUGGUACUCAGUAGUAGGAACGGCAUGUCCAUUCAUUCUUCAGCUCUAGCCUCCACAGCUCCUGGAUUCACCAUGGCGAUGCGCAGAACUUCGGCUGAGCCAGCACACGAGCAGCCUUUACCAUCACCACCACAGACUGACCCUGAAGCCGGUGCGGUCUCGGGAGGAACGCACUCAUCUUCUGGAUCGCCUGCUAUUCAGUAGCAUUUGCCUCAUUUUUUUGUUUCUAGUGUUUCUAGUGUCCUCCUGUAAAAUACCAUUCGAAGUAAUAAAACCGGAUAUCAAGGUCCGUGGAAAUGCUGGUAUGCAAGUCACAGCUCUAUUUGCGAGCGUGGUCU